AUGCGGAGCCCUAUUCGGUUUGGUCAAGUCCAGCCUAGCUUAGACAAUGCAUCUUGGACUAUCAAAAAUAAUGAUCAUUGCUACAACUCUUCACCCUUACUGUCCACCCACUCCUCCACUCCAUUGUCAGCCUCUCCCUCUGUUCCUUUACCAUUCCCUCUGGGUCAUGGCACCACCACGCUAGGAUUCGUCUUCCAAGGUGGUGUGAUUGCUGCAGCAGACUCGCGAUCCAGCUGUGCGGGCUUGGUGGCAUGUCCAGCAUCCCAAAAGAUCAUACCUGUCCACUCCCACCUGGUGGGGACCACGUCGGGUACCUCAGCCGACUGUGUUCUCUGGAAGCGCAUCUUGGCAAGGGAGUUGCGGCUUUACCAGCUUCGAAACAGGCGGAGGCUGUCAACAGUGGGUGCUGCUAAGCUGUUGUCCCACAUGCUGCACCCUUUUAAAGGCACUGAGCUUUGUGUGGCCGCCACUCUGUGUGGAUGGGAUGGAGAGGAGGAGAUGAUACCAUGUACAAGCAACAGAGGGGCUGAUAAGAGACCAGUGGACAAAAGGGAUACCAACAAUUCUGGAGAAGACACCGAUAGUAAAGUACCAGUGACCAUCAGAGACCCUUUUCAGAAUGAUCCUAAAACCCAACCAACAGCCAGCUCUACUUCAACGACUAUAAAACACUCAGGCCCAGGCCUUGUUUACGUGUGCAGCGAUGGCCUCCGUUUGAAGGGUGAACUCUUCUCAGUGGGCUCAGGUUCUCCCUAUGCUUAUUCAAUCCUGGAUGAGAGGAUUCACUGGGGGAUAAGUGUUGAUGAAGCAAUCUCUGUAGCUAGGGAAGCUGUGUAUAGGGCCACACACAGGGAUGCAUACUCAGGCAACAAUGUAGACCUGUACCACAUCACUGCUAAAGGUUGGACACGCAGGAAGAGGGAGGACCUCAAAGAAGAGUACUACAGAGAGAAGGAGAGAGAGAGGAGAAGAAUGGAAGAAAGGAAGAAGGAGAGAGAGAGAGGAAAAGUCAGGCAAGAUGACCAACCUGAGUUUAACCAAUAA